GGCCUUCCGGGAGAGGGGCGCGCGGGAUCGGAAGGUCGCUUGGAGGCAGGCGUGAUCCAGGCAGUUGCAGGGAGUCGGAGGCGUUUUUGGUUUAACUGAAUAGCGGACAGACAUUCAGACCGUUCGUGUCCCUACGACCCAUCGAAACCAUCUGUCCCAGGCUUUGAAAAUAAUAAAGCCUUGUGUUUAGUUUUUCAGUGAAAUACGAGUGGGUUCCUUGAGACCUGACGAUAUUAGGGCAGCCGCUGUGCCACGAGCUUUGCGUGUCAGCCUCGAAACACACGAGGCAGUGAUCACUCAGGUGGUAGAAGAGGAAACGGAGGCAAAGAAUACCUACUGCUGCAGACACGACAUGGCCAUCGAAGCGCAGAGGGUCUCUUGCUCCCUGCUGCUCAGGAGAUGACUUCACUUUCAGAGUAUGCCUUGCGCAUGAGUCGCCUCAGUGCCCGGCUCUUUGGCGAAGUUGCCAGGCCCACUGAUUCCAAAUCCAUGAAAGUGGUGAAGCUCUUCAGUGAGCAGCCUUUAGCCAAGAGAAAGGAGACUUACGACUGGUAUCCAAAUCACAACACUUACUUCGCACUCAUGGGGACGCUGCGUUUCCUUGGCCUCUACAGAGAUGAGCAUCAGGACUUCAAGGAUGAGCACUUGCGUCUAAAGAAGCUUCGUGGCAAGGGGAAACCAAGGAAGGGAGAAGGCAAAAGAGCAGCAAAAAAGAAAUAGUGUCGAUCCCUCAGGAGAAAAAACUUCUGUCUCAGCAACUGACAGCAGAAGAAGGUGUAUUCAUCUUUCCACAUCUGGCAGGAGUGGGAGCUUCCGAAAUUGAAGAUUAUUCGUAGGAACUUCAAUCGUUUCCAUGUCGACGUCCAAUCCAAUUGAAUUGUGCCUGGUUUCUUGGACGUGUUCUAAUUCUGCAAAGCUGUUUUGGCUUUGGUUUUCUACUCCGAGGUUUACCUCUUUCUCUAAAGAAAUGACUGCAUAGAUGAUUGAAGAAGGACUCAUUUGGGGUGCAAAUGGGAUGUUGAGGGCAUGGGGGCCAACUCAUGCGAUGAGCAUCCUUUAGUGUCCUCAGUGUCCCUUCUUCCCCCGCCGCACCAGCCCCGAACGCCUCCAAACCACCCCUAAACCACCCCUCUGACCACCCAGCCACCGUCUCCACCAAGCUCAUGAACUUUAGGUACGUCUCCACCUAGUCCUUGGAGAGUAUCUAAUAAGAUAGAUUUGUGGGACAAGGCUGUACCUGCUUAGAGAGUACUGAGUGAGUACCUGCUGUAUACAGUGUACUGGGGCCCUGGUAAUACCAUGGUUAGCAAUAGGAAACAGUCCCUUCCAUGUGGAACUUUCAGGCUUGUGGGAAAGACUAAAUAUAUCAUUACACAAAUAAAAUUGUAUUAAACUCUACAAAGGAAAAAUACA